AUGCCUCAAACUGAGCCAGAUUUUGGUUUAAUUAAUGAAGCUCAUCCGGAACUAUUUAAUAUUCAGGCAAUGCCUGCACAACCUAAAACUUUGAAACCUGGACAGUUAACUGAAGAUAAAAUUAGACAUUUUUUUGAGAAGGGUUACUUGCUGGUUCCUGAAUUCUUCAAGCAUGAAGAACUUGAUGUGUGUAGAAGAGACAUUGAGAAGCUUGUGGAUGAUCUCGCACAGAUGCUCUACGAUGGAGGAAAGAUUGCAAGUUUGUAUAAAGAGCAUGGGCUAUUCCAAAGACUGACUUAUAUUGAGAAAGAGUUUCCAGGAGCUAAUAUCCUACUUCACAAACAAGGAAAAUUGACAGAGGGAUUUCAAGCACUCUGGUCUAAUGAGAGACUUUUGAACCUUGUAGAGCAGUUAAUUGGACCAGAAAUAAUGGGACAUCCUGUGUGGAAUCUUCGUACCAAGACACCUAAUAAUGAGGCUACAACUGUCCCUUGGCAUCAAGAUAGUGCCUACUUGGACAAUGAAUCCUACAAAGUUUUGCAAGCUACCGCCUGGAUUCCUCUUUUGGAUGCUACAAAGAAAAAUGGAUGUAUGGAGGUUAUCUCAGGCGGACACCUGCCUGGUAAAGUGGUGCGACACACCUGUUGCUGGGGCAACACCUGGUAUGUGAUGAUGGACGAAAAGGAUGCAGAGGAAAAGCUGAAUAUUGAUAUGGAGAAGGACAAGGUCCUGUGUGAGGUGCCUUAUGGUGGCAUGCUGCUUAUAAACAAUAUGAUUCCACACAGAAGUUUGAACAAUAUGUCCGAUGAAAUCCGCUGGAGUCUCGAUCUUCGCUGGCAGACUCCAGAAAAACCCGUAGGCUUCUAUGGUCUUAAGGACGGAGUUCUGAUGAGAUCCCAGAAGAACCCUAUUGAGAAGAUUGAUUGGGAAUCAUUCAACAGUGUAGACAGACAUCAGGAGGCAGAUAAAACCCGCAAAGAGCCGGUAGAGGAGGAUAAGUUUGAUACAAUUAUUGUUGGCCCCUGGAUGAAGAAAUGGGAGGUAACUCACACAAAUCGGCACACCGAGAAAUUGUCAUUAAGACUGGAAACAUCUUGGCACAAAGCUUGA